AUGGAAAUGAGAAUUCUCAUAAGUACAAACUGGGCACUGGAGGUGGUGCCCUUGGUGCUGUCCGGAGGAGAGCCCGGCCUGGUGGGCUCUGUACCCACCUGGGAGCGCACUGCUGCGAUAGGGCACAAAUCAGCUCUCCACAUGGACCUUGACGCCUGGCCCUCCCCACACGUUUGCAACACACACUUCCGCUACGAUGCCAUGCCAGAGUCCUUCUAUCAGGUCAAGCCCAAGGUCAUUAACGUUAUGAGGAAUCCCAAAGACAUCUUGAUCUCAAUGUUUUACUUUAAUAAUAACACGGUGUACCACCCCACAAAGGACUCGCUAACAGAGUUUCAACACAAAUUUCUUGAAGGACACGUUGCAUUCAGUUCCUGGUUUGAUCAUGUGAAGAGCUGGCUGAAUGCAGAAGACAAGUCUCACAUCCUGUACCUGACCUACGAGGAGAUGGCACAGUUCCAGGAUCUGCGGCAGGCGGUCAAGAGAGUUGGUGAGUUCUUUGAGAAGCGUCUGGACGACGAAGCUGUAGACAAGAUCGCAGACAUGUGUUGUUUCGAAAGCAUGAAGAAAAACAACUCGACGAGAGACCGGACCAACUGUAACGUUGCCCCCAAACUGCCUGCACUAGACUAUUCCAAGUAUUACAGAAAAGGGAUCACUGGAGACUGGAGAAACCAUCUCUCUGAGGAGCAGGCCCAGCAGUUUGACUCUGUGUAUGAAGAGAAAAUGAAAGAUGUGGAUUUAAAAUUCACCUAG